UGUUGCAUUUGUGUAACUUUUUAGAAAAAAAGUGAUGCGGGAGUUGCGACGCCCACUGAUUUUCUCUCUAGAACGCGUGGAAAAAAAGAUUGUGAACUCACAUGACGCUCUUUUUCCCUUUGCACGAUCACUCACUCCUUUUUAUGUAUUCUUUGUCUAAUUGAGUUGGCGGAGGGAGGGAGAAUCUCGCGUGGAAGUGGCCAACCCACCCCCACCCACUGUCAGAGUGCCACGGUUGUCACGCAGCUGCUGUCCCUUCACGCAUAUUAGUUGUCUUGACUAAAACGUCACACGCACAAACGAACGCGCGUGGAAGCUCCUUUCCCUUGCCAUGGAACCUGUUGUCAUUCGGCGCGCGUGGAAUAUUUGUGGCACUCACUUCACGUCUUCAUUUGGCCACUCAGCACAUUUUGUCAGGAUGCUCGUUCGGAGAUUUUUAGGUUAAAAAAAAACCCAAACUAUUUGAUCGAUUGUUGUGCUGCUGUCUUUUCCUGCGUGUGGAAUGCGUGCGUAAAAGAAAAAAAAAAAGAAAAUAGAAAAGUGUGCAUGGUGGAGGAUGUUGCAGCUAACAGGUUGGUGUUGAAACUUAAGAAGGAUGCCACGCCGCCGCAGGAGCUUCCACAGGCUCUGCGAGUGAAUAUUAAGAUGUCCACAUCGGCGGAACCCAGCAGGCGGUACUGACAGCAGCUCGUUGAUGGCACUGCGCACCGGGAGGACUUGGUUCGGACGGGUCUUGCGCAGGGUCUCGCGGCUGCAGGGCUCCUGGUCCAGGCGCUCCAGCAGUCUUUUGUGUCUCUCCGCCAACCAGGAGCACGAUCCGGGCUUCUCGUACCGCAGCCCCAGCCGCCCCGCAGGCGCCCACCUCGGCCACCGUCAUCGGAGCGCGUCCGCCGCCGCCUCCAGGCGCAGUGCACUCGGCUUCUUCCCUUCUCGUCGCACCAUCCCGGGGAACACGAGGGGACAUGAGCCCCUCACUCGCCGGCUCCUCGUGGCCAUGAAGCGGCAAAACGUGCGGACCUUAUCCCUGAUCGUUUGCACGUUCACCUACCUGCUGGUGGGGGCCGCCGUCUUCGACGCCCUGGAGUCCGACUUCGAGAUGAGGGAGAAGGAGCAGCUAGAAGCCGAGGAGAGGCGCCUCCAGGGGAAGUACAACAUCAGCGAGGACGACUACCGCAAGCUGGAGACCAUCAUCAUGGAGGCCGAGCCCCACAGAGCCGGGGUGCAGUGGAAAUUCGCCGGUUCCUUUUACUUUGCCAUCACGGUCAUCACCACCAUAGGCUACGGGCACGCGGCGCCAGGAACCGACGCGGGGAAGGCCUUCUGCAUGUUCUACGCCGUCCUGGGCAUCCCAUUGACUCUGGUGAUGUUCCAGAGUCUCGGUGAGCGAAUGAACACGUUUGUCAAGUACUUGCUGAAGCGCAUCAAGAAGUGCUGCGGUAUGAGCAUCACCGACGUCUCCAUGGAGAACAUGGUGACCGUGGGCUUCUUCUCGUGCAUCGGCACGCUGUGCAUUGGCGCCGCUGCCUUCUCGCACUACGAGGACUGGAGCUUCUUUCAGUCGUACUACUACUGCUUCAUCACGUUGACCACCAUAGGCUUCGGGGACUUUGUGGCCCUGCAGAAGAACAGGGCCCUGCAGAAGAAGCCCCUCUAUGUGGCCUUCAGCUUCAUGUACAUCCUGGUGGGCCUCACGGUCAUCGGGGCUUUCCUCAACCUGGUGGUGCUGCGCUUCCUGACUAUGAACAGCGAGGACGAGCGGCGGGACGCCGAGGAGAGGGCGUCGCUGGCGGGGACCCGCAACAGCAUGAUCAUCCACAUCCAGGACGAGUCGCUGCAGCGAGGGCGGGGGAGGGGGGGCCGCGAGAGCCGCCGCGACGAGAUGAGCGACUUGCACUCUGUUUGCUCCUGCAUGCACUACCACUCGCACGACCUGGCCACCUCCGGGGGGCUGAUGGGCAGACUGGGGUGUGCCUUCUCCCACCAGAACUCGCUGGGCUCACAUCUGAACCCGGGUCACUACUAUCACUCCAUCUCCUACAAGAUCGAGGAGAUCUCGCCCAGCACGCUGAAGAACAGCUUCUACCCGUCGCCCAUCAGCUCGGUGUCGCCGGGCCUCCACAGCUUCACGGACAAGCUCCAGCUCAUGAGGAGGAGAAAGUCCAUCUAGUCCGCCCUUGCCGAACCUCAUUCCAAGCACUUUCCCUUUUUGUUCUUUUUUUUGUUUUGUGUUUGCUCCUGAUGGAGAACACACUCAUGGGAUGCAAAGCAUGAAGCAUGGAUGUCUAUUUUUUUCAAGGGAUUACCACACACCUUUUAGACCUAGAUGGAAUCUACAAAACUCUAAUCUAUAAACGUUGGUUUCCUACCAAAUGAGGCACACUGUUAUUUUUCAUAAGGGAGGACGCUCGUGUCACCUUAACUUGAAGAACCCGCCGCGGAGACGCAGAGGAGGAUUUCUCUAUAAGCCAUCACACACAAACAUUGUCGCUAAUAUUAGCAUGUGCAUUUAAUAAUCGGUACCCUGUAUUUUUUAUGACAUUCCUUUGUCUGUCGUCAACCAGCUUUGUUUGGAAUCCAAAGGAUCAUGCUGCUGUUCCUAAUAUCGUUCUCCUUAUUUUCUCCUUUUGUGGAGCAUUAAAGAUGGUAUCUGGCCGGGCGAGCUCUAAAUGCGCUCACGAACACAAACACUUUUAUUGACGGCUUUUGUGCCUCUCGCUCUGUUCCCUGGGAUUCGUUAUUGAACGCAUCAAUAUGAAAUGAUCCUGCAGGGAUAACUCCUCUGCAAAAGUGGCAGACAUAGCGAGUGCAGGCAAAAGAUGUGUCAGGAUUUGAAUAAAGUGGAAAGCCAUCAUUUCUAUGAAGCGACACACAGGUCAAAAGACAGAUGACUAGACGGCGGUCCGAAUGAUGAGAUAUUGGCAUUUGAUCUUCCUCCGUAUGGAUUCUCUGCGACCCUGCAGCUUCUUUUAACAUUGGCUUUCAAACAUUUUCCAAAUUCACCUAAUAAUGAAUGAUCUGAAUUUAGAGCAGUACCAAAUAAUACCUCGUCAUACACUCCCCUUCAAAAUAUCAGAAUAGUGAGGCCAAUUCCUUUAUUUUUGGUGCAAGAUUGGAGACUGAAAAUAUUUGACAAUUGAUUAAAAGAUGCGUAUGAGAUAAGAAAGCAAAAGCUUGCAUCUGCAUCUGAUACACAUCUUAGAAAAUGACAAUCAAACCUGUGAUCCACUGGCAUUUGUCAGUCUUGAGUGUCCAAAUCAAUCUCUGAAUUUAAACCCUGUAGAGGAUGCAUUUUUCCCGCUAAAAAGGAUACUGAAGGGAGCUACCUUUUAAAAUAAACUGAAAGAGGUUGUGGUAUGAGCAAGGAAAAGUAUCAUAAAAAAAAUGCAUUUCAAUUCUAAAAUCAUUAAAUAUUAGAUUUUUUAAAUUUCUCCUCCUUUCACUACUAAUCAUUGUCCCCAAAUUCUAUAGCGCUGAACAAUCCUAAUUUAAAUCAGCACCCUUCCAAAGUAUUGAAACUGUGGAGCCAGUUUUUGUUUUUGCUGUAGACUGAAAACCUUUAAGAUUCACAUCACGAUAAAAGAAAUCAACAGUAUAGAGCAAACAUUUGCAGCUAAGUCAUCCCUACACUUAAACCCUAUAGAGGAUGUAUUUUACCCACGAAAAAGUUUACUUUUAGUGGGCAAAAACAAAUCCAGUGUCUGAAAGACACUGUGGUGAAAUCCUUGGCAACUUUUGUAUUCAAGUCCAUCUCCAGACUUAAACCUUAAAGAGCAUGUAUUUUACCCACUUAAGAGAGGACUGAAGGGAGUGUUAUAUUCCUCCCUAAAUGAUUUGAAAGAAAAUAAUAAAUUUUAAGAGUAAUACAUUGCAAAAAAAAAUUAUAUUUAUAAACAAAAUUAUAUAUCGCAUAAACAUCAGCAUGAUCCUUUGAGUUUCUAUUACAAGGGGUUACGUCUAUUUGGAUUAAAUGUUUAACAGGCCAUACGUUUGAUGGUUCAUAACAUGUCCAUUUUGCAUUUUGUGUUUUCAAGAGACCUGCUUUACUUCAAUGCAUUCUAAUGUUCCCCUUGGUCAAACUCGCCAAUGUUUCCUCUCAGGUUUGAACCAAUCGCCUUGUUUUUGUUUUGCUGUGCUCCUUCCUAAAAUGACACACAAUGUACAUACCUCUGUUCUCCAUAAAAUAUUCCAAGAAGUUUUCCAAGAAAGACUACUGAGGUGCAUCAUCUCGCCAGGCCGGGUCUCCUUUGUAGAUAUUUGAGACCAUUCUGGCCUGUUUUAAAGCCCAAUCUGCCUUUUCUCUCUCUCACAGCUGGUCUAUGAACGCAUGGUGAAAGCAUUUCAACUGUAUAUUGUUUGUAUACCAAUUCUAACAUUUCAUAAGAUCACAAGACUAGGAGCUCUUCUCCCCUUUCUUUAUUAAGUUAUAUCCAAUGAAAAACUAUAUUUAUUAGUUCAAACCCCUGUCCAUCUUGCCUUGUCUCCUCAAUGGGAGAACACCACCACACCCGCUCUUACUUUGGAAGAAAAUCUUGAUCGAGUCAUGACAAAUGUAAACAGGCAAGGCAUUGGUGUGUGAGAAAAACUUUGUUUCGUUAUGGGAACACGACCGGCUUAUAUGUUUGUAUCAAGCUUUGGAAUAAAUACAACAACACAUAAAGAGGCAUGUGUAUUUUUUACACAUUUGUGUAUAUACGUGCCUUGAAGAAACUGCUUUCUGCACAAGUGGGCAUAUUUACAUAUAACUGAUUGCAGCAACAUUUUACAUCAACCAAGACAGAUUUAUAAUUAUGAUUUCCUAAAGAAAAUAGACAUGUUAACAUUCACGCUGACCUUCUGUAGACUCACCGCAAAGCUCAAAAGUUACUGUUCGUAUGCUUAUUUCACAUGCUAUCAUCAUACAAUGUUUUAAUUUUCCAAUAAAAAUUAAAAUGCAACUUUAUUCGAUGAAAGUUUUGGCAUUUUCUCUCCAAGUUACUUCAAUUUUGUAUCAUUUCUACUUCUUUCUCGUGGGAUUACAACUUUAUUCUUGUCAGAUCUUAAGACUUUAUUCUAAUAACAUUUUGUUAUUAUUUUCAUAACAAUUUAUUCUCAUUAACAAUGCGACUUUAUUGCCAUUAUGUAAGUUCCAAAUUCCACCUUUAUUCUAUGAAAGGCCAUUUUCUCCUAAAGUUGCAAAUUCAUCUUUGUAGCGUUAUGACUUCUCUCUCUCAUACCAAUACAACUUUCCGAAGGUUACCGGUAUGACUUCUUCAGCUAAAGUUAAAACUUCCUCUUUGUAACAUUACGACUUCAUUCUCAUAACAUUGCGAUGGAAUUUAAUGUGUUUGUCAUGAAAAUAUGCCAUUUUCUGAAUAUUUUAAAAGAUUUUGGAUGGUGAUUUUAUCUUUUUUAUUUUAUUUUGUUUUUAUUUUCAAUUUGACACGAAUACUCCUUUGUGAUUUAUAUCCAAACGUCACUGGAUCCAAAAAUAAGAACUCCAAACUUUGUGGGAAGUUUCGUCAGCCAAAUUGGAUUGAACAACUAAUUCGUUGAUCGUGACCUGAAUGUCAGAUGAUUUUUCCAAACUCUCCCUGGCCGACUCCCCAUCUACCACAUGCGCACAGAUGACUCUGAUUCUUCUGCUGCCGUGCCACGUGUUACACUUAUGCCCCUCGACAGAUGCCGCGCAGACGCGUACACGCACCACCGCUGGCAUAAAGCUUGUUGCGUUUCUACCCCAAACAUCGCAAAACUGAGAUAAACUGCGUUGGUUGGCAUGUGGCGGCGUUGUCCAUUCCGCUGUUAGCAACCCCACAUCUCUACUCCGAUGUCUCCCAUUACUGCUGUUUGUGUUACGUCCUCUCUGUGAUUGAACAAAUCAUGUAUGCCGUAUUCCUAUAACAGGAGUCUUGUAUGCGGUUACACGCUCAUGCGCCAAGUCAACAGCGGCGGAAGAGAAGGCCGAGGGUAAACGAACCUUCUAUGUAGUUUAUUUGAAUGUUUACCUUUCCCUUAGCACUUUUUUUUGUUUGUUCUUUUAAGGGGUGUGUGCAUGAUUUGGUGCGUGUGACUCAC